UGCAGCACCUAACUGUUCUCACUCUUCCUCACAUGCCAUAGCAGUUUGCGUUUCAGCGGCGCGCGGUCUCGCAGCUGGCACGCGCUCUUGGCCAGACCUCUGCCUUUCUCUCCAGUGACGCACAGACGCGCGCUUCGCCCCUCAAGCUUCUGUGAAAAAAGGAGCAGGUUGUCAGUGAAAAAGAGGAUGAGCGCUGGAAGCGGGUGUGGGAAAUGCCUGGCGCCCCUCUGGAGAGUCUUCCCGCACCUGGCGCUGUGCGGGACGCUGGUUGCGUACGCAGUGCUGGGUGCGCUCAUCUUCCAGCGGAUCGAAGGGGGAAACAAGCCCUCCAAGAUCCAGGAGGACUACCGCGAGUUUCUAGGGGAAAUUGUUGAUAUUGUCCGGAAUCACAGUCAGAACACCUCCUGCUCUCAAAGCUGCAUGGUAGAUCAGGUGGAAAAGAAGAUGAAGACAUUUAAUUCCAUUUGGUUCCAGAAUCCCGACAACUGGACGUUUUUUGGCUCAAUGUUUUUCUGCUGCACAGUUUUCACAACAGUAGGAUACGGGGAGAUCUACCCGGUUACCUUGUCUGGUAAGGUGGUGUGUGUCUUGUACGCCAUGGUGGGCAUCCCACUCAUGCUACUGGUCAUACUGGAUGUGGGAGACUUUCUGGCUUUGCUGAUGACCAAAGCUUAUGUUCAGGCCCAUGCUUUCUUUAAGGAUCUGCGCUCCCAAACCUGGUCACCAGGGAAAGCCCAGGACAGAGCAUCGGACUCACGACGCCAGGGUCUCGACGAUGGGACCUUUGUUUUCAGCCGCGAUGUGGUGGCCCUCGAGCCCCUCGAUAUUCGGCAGGUGCUGCGCAGCCAGGCGGAUGUCCGCCACAAGUCCAUCCAGCUCCAAAACAACAAAGAGAUAUUUGAAAAGAUUCUCGCCAGGGACAAUUUACAGAGGAAGGGCCCGUUGCUCAGGACCUUCUCCUGCCCAGAACUGAAUCAGCUUCCAACCCCCCCCAAAGGAUUUAUCGUGUGGGACUUCACAGGAUUAGGAGAUGGAAUGGACCAGCUCGACGUUCCCUUUGUGCUGAUUCUUUUUGCCGUAUUUGCCUACAUUUGCCUCGGUGGUCUGAUUUUGCCUCUGUGGGAAAAAGACUUCACAGAUUUUGAUCCGUACUACUUCUGCUUCAUCACUCUCACCACUAUUGGUUUUGGCGACAUCAUACCCAAACACCCCAAUUACUUCAUGCUCAUCUCGCUGUUCAUCAUUGUGGGCAUGGCCAUCAUGUCCAUGGCUUUUAAGCUCAGCCAAACCCGCAUUGUGACUUGCUACCGCAAGUGCAUCAAAUUCAUCACCAGGGGAAACUAUGAGGUUUUCAGCAGUAAAGAAAAAAACUAGAGGACAACUGAAAGCAGCAUGGAAUGGCCCCUGCCACUGAAUAACUUAAUUUUCUUAAAAGUAAAUGUGUGUAGAAGUUUGGGUAAGCUUUUAGUUCAUGUUGAAAUGUGACCUGGAACUUGGUGGAGGAAAAUGAUAACCCUUAUUGCAUAAUGGCUCUUCACCCACUUUUAGACGGCCUGGGCCUCAAUUGUUAGAUAAUCUGUUAAAGUUCCAUCCUUUCAUUCCACUAUUGGCUUAGAUUUUUUAAAUUUACUUUUUAUUGUUUUUAAUACAAAGUUGAAAUAAACAGAGACUGCACCAACCUCUUUUUUUUUUAAUUGUCACAAAGUUAUUUUAGAAAAAAAACACCUACUAUCAUUCCUCCUUAAUGAUUGGAAAACUUGGUUGGAAAACUGAAGAAAAAGAAAGAUUGAAGGCAGGACCAUAGCUCCUCCAUCUGCCAACCACAUUCAACCACCAAGACCAAUCUGUCCACCAAUCUGUAUGUCAAUCCAUCCUUUUAGUCUGUCCAUCCAUUGGUCCAUUCAUCCAUCCAUCCAUCCAUCUAUUCAUUUGUCAAUUUUUCAAUCUUCCCACCUGUUCAUCCAACAUCCAUCUAUCAAUCCAUUGUUACACCCAUCAACUAAUCAGCCCUUCCAACCAUUCAUCUGUCCACCCAUACCUUUGUCCAUCCAUCCAUUAGUCUGUUCAUCCAUCCGUUUAACCACCCACCAGUUUAUCCAUCAAUCUGCCCAUCUACUCAUCUGCACCUCAAACCGUCCAUUCAUCCAUUCAUCCAUCCAUCUGUCCAUUCAUCCAUCCAUUCAUAAUUUUCCUUUGCCAUAUCCCCUAUCAAUUGUUUUGUCUUUGUCCAUCCUCUUCAUCCAAUCAUGAACCCAUUCCUUUUUUUCUACAUAUAUCCCUUUCUCUUCUAAUCCUUCCUCUCUUGUUUAUUCUCCUGCCUUGUCCAUCUCUUUUUGCCUUUCCUUAAUUUUUCCAGGCACCAUCUGGGUGUGUGAUUGGAGCAAACUCAUAAGUUCAUAAGGCAGAACUCCAUAGAAUCUCCUGCUCUACCAUGUGUUGAAAGUUAUCCGGACAAUCCUGUCAAAUUCCCAACCUGCAAAGAAAAUCCUGAAAAUAAAGACUUCCAAUUGCAUGUGCAGUCUGAACAGUUUGCCUCAGCUUGUUAUCGGUGCUUCAUCUUUCGAUUCUUAUACCUCAUGUGUUACUCUUCAUUAAUGUAAUUCGUGUGUAAAAAAAAAAGCUACACUUAGUAAAGAUUGUGAAGUACCAAUAGAAGCUAAAUGAGAGACUGAAGACCUGAUCAUGUGUAGGACGAAGAAGGGACCUGUGUGUGUUCUGUCUGAUCCCAUUGCAUUGUUUAUGGUGCAUCAUCUCUAAACAAAAAAAGAUUUCACAUUAAGCUAUGAUAAUAUGCUAAUUAAUGUUACAAUGAACUUGUCAUGACUGCCAUGUGCUAUAUUUAUGUUUGUUUUUAAUAAAUUGCAUCACAGUUUUGUGUGGUCGUCUCUUGCAUGUUUGAGAGAAGUUUUUCUUUACUUCUGUAGCUCUUCUCAUUAUUGUUCCCUCUGCAUAUUUUCACCUCCGUUAUUUGUUUGUUUAUGUUUUUAAAGUAGCCAUUAACAUGUUUAAUACUGAAUUAGCUUGUGUAAGUGUAGAACGGAAGAAGCAAAUAAAACCACUGAAAGCACAA